ACAUUUCGUUAUUUGACGUUUCAUUUUUAUGGGUUGAUCGUCGUCGUUCUGAGCGAAUGAUGAGAGAGUUUGUGUUUUUAUAUAAUUAUUAGGCCCAUAAUACUGUUUUAAUUAAUUCGAAAAGAUGUCUGACAUCAACGCGGAGAAGUUUGGGUCUCCGGACUUCACGCCGGAGCGCUACGUGAGGGAGUUGACCAAGUCUUGCGUCGGCGGGGAGGAGCUGCAACAGCAAAAGGAUAAGAUAAAAACCCUCGCCGAUGAAACCGCCAGAGCACUCAAGAAGAAUGUGUACGAGAACUACAUGCAGUUCAUCGAAACCUCCACCGAGAUAUCCCACCUAGAAGCUGAAAUGUAUAAAUUAUCUCGCCUAUUGAGCGAACAACGAACGGUGCUUACGACUCUCUCUCAUGCCACUAUACUAGGUAACGACAAUACAGUCUCUCGAGAGUCCCUCGACAACACCGACCAGGAGGCCUUAAAGGCUGAGGAGCAGCGGAAAAACAAGCUCAACCAGAUAACAGAAAAAGUUGAAGAAUGUAUGAACUUGCUGGAUGUUCCUGACAGGAGUUUACUUCACGAGGGAGACUUGUUAGAAAUAGACGCGGAGGAGAACACGGCGCUCCAGAGAAUGCAUGCAUACCUAUUCACAGAUUGCCUCAUGCUAACCUCAUGGAUCACCAACCGCAGGGGGCCUUCUAGAUACAAGUUCCAACAAAGUUAUCCAAUUAGUGCUAUAGCUGUAGUGAAUGUACGAGACCUAGGCAAUGUGAAACAAGCCUUCAAGGUGCUAGCUUUCCCUGACACAAGGGUAUUCCAAUGCAAUAGUUUUGCCAGUAAGAAAGACUGGCUGGAUAAGUUUGAGGUGGCCAAGAAGAUGCAUAUUGAGAAAGAGAAUUCUAAACUGAAGAAGAAGGAAACCCCAGAGAAACCAAAACCCAUGCUGGAAUCCCCAAGCAUGUCUGUAGAGGAGCUGCCCUCCCCGCAGGUUCCGGCACUCCCAGAGUGGCUGCUGGAUGCCACUGAGGAGCUGGAUGUGCUCAUUGUUGAAAGACAUUUCCAAAAAGCCUAUGAGUUAAUGGUGGCUGUCCAAAAGUUUUUUGCAACAGAAGAAUACAAGAACCACCCACAGAAGAGUGAUAUUAUGUCCAAGACUGACCAAAAACAGAAGGUGCUAGUUGAUAUUCUGUUGAAAGAGCUGGAUGUGACACACAACUGGAGCCCAAGGGGUGGUCUGCGGACGUCAAGGCACCCCGUGGAGAUACUCAACAAGAUCAACAUGACGAGUCAGGCAUGUGAGCUGUUCCUGGCCAUCUGCAGCCACACCGUCAAGACCCACGUCAAGGGGGUCCAGCUCGAGGGCUCCAUCAACACUUACGUCAGACAAGUAGGAGAAGUAUUCUUUUGCUCCCUCAGUGAUGCCUUAUCAGAGUUUAUUACACUAUUCCCUAAAAAUAAGAUUAGUGCAUUUAUAGUCUGGGCUAGCAUGGAGCUGAGGAUACUAAUGAGCCAAAUAAUUAAGCAAGUGUUCACCCCACAGUGUGCUUUAGAUUCAGUGCUGGACUGUGUGUCUAGCCUCAGGGAGCAGUGCACUUUAUUUUGUGAAUUUGGUCUUGAUUUAAGAUUUCAGUUGAACAGCACAGUGCGGUCUCCUAUAAUAAAGUCUCUGAGAGAGUACAAGGAGAAAACUGUUGACUCCAUGAAGUGUCAAGUUUCUGCAGACAAAUGGACACCCGUCAACAUGCACACAAAGGCUGGAGUCAGUAAAUUUCUGCAGCAAAUGGAAUCUUUGGGCCUUAUCUUAGCUAAGUUUGUCAUAAAUGAAACAUGGAUUGAUCUUUCCAGCAGCACUAUUUGGUUUGCGCAGUCAGUGCUGUUGAUUCAGAAGGUGGGAAUCAAACUGGUGACUAAAGACAUGAUGGAUGUAUUGGACGAGUGUAUCUAUGCUAUAGUCAAUGCUCGCCUUGUGCUGUCUAUGGGAAGUGACUCAAGUUAUGCGCAAAAGAACUUUAAGUUUAUUCUGGAUACGGUGCUGCCAUUGAUGCUGAGAUGCUACAAGGAGGAUGUUGGAUAUGACAAUGAGAAGCUGGUGGUUCUGGCGAAGAAGUUUGGAGUAGUGGUGGCGGCGCCACGACGGUCUAACAUUACCAAGUAUACAAGUAAUGAAUAUUUAUGAGGAUAGUCACUGGCUAUGUGUAUGUUGGUGUACGAAAUUAUUUUUGUUACGCUAAAGCUUUAAUACUGUAAUAUAAUAGAUAGUAAGCGAGCAGGAUUUUUUGUAAGUUUAUUUAAUAAAAAAAAGCAACUGAUCAAAUUAAAAUUUAUAUUAUAUGCAAGUUAAUCAGUAUAAAAUUUUAAUAAACCAGGAUUAAUGGUU